UUCUUCAGGAGAGCGAGUAACGUUUCCCUCUGCAAAGGUCCACAUAUGAAGCGGAGAUUCCUCCAAGGAUGCGCUGGAGCACAUUGUCGGUGAUGUAACCCCGGGGUCAUCGGGCGUUUCGAGCUUUCAACAUCAGACCCCCACAUCCCGGCGACCCAGCCAGGGUUCAUCCAUCAGGCCCUGGCUUGUGUCCCAGCGGUACUGGUCCACGGGUCACACCUCUUGAUCCAUCGCCAUCUGGAGACUCGCUCAGCAGCCACAGUGGCCGUCCUUUUGGCUCCACUCAUUGCAGCCCUCGAAAUGCCAGGGGAAGAAUAAUUUAUGUACAGCCAGCAAAUUCUCUACACCUCACCUCUCUCGGCUCACAACGUGACCCCCACCACCCCUGUUUCUGGCACUGCUCUACCAGCUCCUGGUAUUUGGCAUAAAAUUACACAUUGCAAUGUCACGCUAAUACUCCGAAAUACUUUAACGGCCGGGGUUAGAUCUCCCUGGAAGAUGAAUUGGAGACAGUCUGUGCCGAUUAAGGACAAAUUACAACACUCUUCUGUCCUUUUCUGCUUUUGCCCGCCGCGAAAUCUGCUUUGGUGAAUGGGGAUGUAUGUACCUUAUCCUGAGUCAACAGCGCCGCCUGUCGCAGCUACCAUGGGCUGCAAGUUUCAGAGAAGUUCCGUAGCCGUAAACGGGGAGUGAUCGGGAUCCGCGGAUUCGGCUAGUCACACUCUGAGAUAGGAGCAUGAAAAUGUAGGAAAAUAGGGGUCUGUGCAGGAGGGAAGGGGCAGAUUUAAUUUAGAGUAGUCUAAAAGUUCGGCACAACAUCGUGGGCCGAAGAGCCCGAACUGUGCUGUAUGUACUGUGCCCUGUUCAGCACCGCUCGGCACAAAUCCUUGUCGUUUGGGAAAACAACAGUUCACGAGAGUGUUUUUUUUUCUUUCGUUUUAUUUUCAGGAGAAAGUUACGCGUUGCAGAGGGGGGGGGGUAUUACUGCUGUCGGAACAUGUUUGAGAUGGGGUUUCUCAGUUGGAGAAAACGAUAAAAGUAAUGAAAAGUCCGUUUGUAAGGAGAGAAUCAAAGGAUGCACUGUGCUCAAAGUAUGCAGCGAUUUCCUUUGGGCAGGACUGACUGAACCUUAAACCUCACUUCUUAGCGGCGCUGACUUCUGAUACAUGGUUUGCGCUUAUUUGUGUGUGUGUGUGUGUGUGUGUGUGUGUGUGCGUUUGAUGGAAGCAUGAACGGCCAUUCCGUUAAACAUUAGACCCCACUUCUCUCUCUGUCCAAAGAAGGAGCAUUACUGACAGCCCACACACUAUGAAAGGGCACCGAACCUACACAACGCCACACCCGUUGUCAGGGCAUGGAACCAACACUGAAUAAACAGGCAGAGGGAGGAAAAACACUUCAAAACCACAUUUGAACUCAUAAAAUGCCCCUGUGUUCGCGCGGCGCGACUGUCGCUUAAGCCAUUCCUUUCUUAAACUGGACUGUCCCUUCUUGCUGUAAAAUCAAAGCUGCUUUUUCCAGUUGCUUGCUUUUGCAAAUGGCCAUGUAUUAGUAUCAGAUAUCGCCGCACGUUUCCCGCCGGUCUCUCGCACUUUCCAAACUUGAUAGGAUAGUUGACUUUAUUCCUUGUUCUGGCCGACGCGCGAAGCUAUUUAUGACGUCGUGGCUAUUUCCUCUUGGUGGGAAAUGUGUCUUCUUCUUCUUCCUCUGUGAACCCAAAACACCACCACCCGGAGCAACAGACGGACACAGAUCCCAAGAAGCUUUUCCCACAGUGAAGUGAACCUCUGCAGCCUCAACAAUGACUUCUCUGCUGUUACUUGCUCUGCUGUCCGUCUGCUGGGCUGAUUCCCAUUUUAACCUGAACUCUACAGGGUCUAAGUACUUCAGAACGAUCUACAUUGCAGAUAGUGAAUCACGGCUGGGCAUAACGAUAGAUCAACCUAAAGUUAUCUCCUUUCGGGGUAGCAACGCCACUCUGCCCUGCAAGUUCUACUACAAGCCGGUUCCUGCUCGCGGAUUUUUCGGUCCUUUCAAGGUCAGGAUCAAGUGGACCAAACUCACCUCAGAUUACCUCAAGGAAAUUGAUGUCUUUGUUUCAUUGGGAAACAACUGGAAAAGUUUUGGAAAUUAUGAGGGAAGAGUUUUCCUGAAUGACGAUGAUGAGAAUGAUGCCUCUAUAACAAUUACAGAUUUAACUCUGGAGGACUACGGCAAAUACAAAUGUGAAAUCAUUGAGGGGCUCGAUGAUGUCACUGGGACCGUACUGCUGGAUCUCCAAGGGGUGAUAUUCCCAUACUUCCCACGACUAGGUCGCUAUAAUCUGAACUUUAUUGAGGCUCAGAAGGCAUGUCAAGAUCAAGAUGCGAUAAUUGCUUCAUUUGAUCAACUUUAUGAUGCGUGGAGAGGAGGGCUGGACUGGUGUAAUGCAGGUUGGCUGAACGAUGGGUCCGUACAGUACCCCAUCACCAAACCCAGGGAGCCAUGCGGAGGGGAAAACACAGUGCCAGGUAUCCGCAGCUAUGGAUACAGAGACAAGAUGAAGAACAAGUAUGAUGUGUUCUGCUUUACGUCCAACUUCAAUGGUCGAUUCUACUAUCUGAUUUACCGUCGAAAGCUCACCUACGGCGAAGCUGUGCAAGCCUGCAUCAGGGAUGGAUCAAAGAUCGCUAAAGUUGGCCAAAUGUACGCUGCCUGGAAGUUGCUCGGUUACGACCGCUGUGAUGCAGGUUGGCUGGCGGAUGGCAGUGUCCGCUACCCGAUCUCUAGACCCAGGCGUCGAUGCAGUGAAACUGAGGCAGCAGUGCGUUUUGUUGGCUUCCCCGAUAAAAAGCACCAGUUAUAUGGUGUCUACUGCUUCAGAAGCAACUGAUACUUCAUGUUAAAGCUUAGUCGGAGAUGAGUAUUAUUUUACUUCUGCACAUGUGAAAGAUGUACUUUCAAUAAUAUGAACUCAUGUUACCAAAACUGUGAUAAAAAAAGAUUUUUUUCUUACUGUACAAUGCCAUUUUCAUGCAAACUAAAACAUUUUUUCUUUGUUGUAAUGUAUCAUACAAUCAUUAAAUAUUAAAAAUAAUAUAAUUUUAUAGGAAGUUGUACCAAGAUUUAGCACCAAUAUGCUUUAUGUUUAAGUAGCAUUUAGCAAAAGCUACCCUAAACACUGUUCUGACUGUGCCUAAAGGAUUGAAUAUUUGGGAUUGAGUGGGCAUGCCAUAGCUGGACAUUAAGUAUUGUAAUAUCAUUCAAAAUGAGCAUUUCUCAGGCAAUAUUUUAAUGUUUUUGUGAAAAUUUUCAGGAUUCAUCUUGCUUUGUAUGCUCAUUAAAAUUUGGUGCAUUUCUAGUGAUUCAAGAACAUGGACAGAGAUGAUGCAACACUAUUUUCUCCACAAGAAACUAACAGCUUGUCCAAAAUUUAACCCUUUGAUCAGGCUGUCAUUGAUGUUGUGUGCUUUGACAAAACCAUUGAUAGCUAGAACUGUUUCAUGUUGCAGUUAAUGAAUUUACUAGCAAAAUUUUUAUUGUUAAACUUUAAUGCAUGGUGCAAAUUCCCCUGACGCCCCGGGCAAAUUAUCGCGCUGAAUGAUGAAUUGUCGGAGAAACACAGCAGUUUUUUUGCUGCCUUCAUAUCAUUCCACUGAAGGUCACCUGUGUUUCUUUAAACAGAGGACAAGCUGUCUUUGAAGAGGCAUACUGUGUGGGUGUCAGUGAGUGUGUGACAUCACGAAACAGUAUUCGAGUACAGUUAACCAUCCUUUCCAGGUCUGGCUAUGCACAUAUUCUUCCAGCAAAGAUAAACACAUCAAAUAAAGGACAAAUUCUGUCAGUUUCAGUGUGUCAGUAGAUUUUAUAUCAAACAAAAGAAAACCCUUUCCUUGAGGUGACAGACCUUUUUGUGAGGUUUGUUAUCAUUUAUUGAGGAACUCCUGUAAUAAAAAUCAUUGAUAGAAUGCUAUCAUUUUCUCGUUCUGUAGCUGAAGAAAUUACAUAGAUCUUAUUUUAAACAAAUUUUCAUAUUCGUUCAAUAAUAUAUUUAUAAAAGGUAGAAUUGCUCUUAGUUAUAGUUUCUUGCAUUUAGGAAUUAAAACUAUUGUGAGAUUAUUUUUAAAAAUUUAGUUCACUUCCAAACACCUGGUGGCUGUACUUGCUGGCAAAGCCAUGGGUUCAUUGUUAAUUCCCACAAAGGUCAGUGAUUACAAAUGCAUUGCAACCACAAUUUCAGAGCAGGAAAUAAUGCAUGCAAGUUGAAAAAUUGUUUAUAAACAAAAUAAGCACAUUAUUUAGAGCUUAAAAAUAAGGCACAAGACCAUAAAUCCUCUGUGUGGUGGACCAGAAGACACAGCCUCAGAUUAGAGGGGCGUUCUUUUAGAAUGGAGCUGACGAGGGAUUUCUUUAGCCAGAGAGUGGUGAAUUUAUGGAAUUCUUUGCCACAGGCAGCUGUGGAGGCCAAGUCUUUAUGUAUAUUUUAGGCAGAGGUUGAUAGAUUCUUGAUUAGUCAGGGCAUGAAGGGAUAUGGGGAGAAGGCAGGAGACUGGGGCUGAGAGGGAAAAUGGAUCAGCCAUUAUGAAAUGGUGGAGCAGACUCGAAGGGCCAAAUGGCCUAAUUCUGUUUCCAUAUCUCAUGUGCUUAUGAUAAAUCACAUCAAACAAACCUUACAGUUAUAGAAAUUAUAACUGGGUAGUUUUGAAUAUUUUCAUACUUGGACAUUGGUCUCGUGAGAACAUUAUAUUUUAGAUCUUCCCAAACAUGGUGGGCAAUGUUAUCGCCUCACAACUUCAGAGUGGAGCAGUUAGCAGUGCCGGAGACCGGGGUUCAAACCUGACCUUAAGUACCAAGUGUCUCAGUUUGCUCUUCCUCCACUCACAGUGUGGAUUUCCUCUGAGUGCUGUUGUUUUCUCCCAUUUUCUGAAGACAUGGGUCGGCAGAGUAAUUGACCUCUGCAAAUUGGAGAAUGCAUGUUAUGGGAUCAAUGGAGGUUUAGUGUAAAUAGAUUGUUUAAAGUUCAAAAUAAAUUUGGCAAAGUACAUUUAUGUCAUCAUAUACUACCCUGAAAUUAUUAUUACUUGUGGGCAUACAGUAAAUAGAAAGAAAUACAAUGGAAUCAAUGAACAACUGCACAUAACAAAGACAGGCUAUCAAUGUGAAAAAGACAAAUUGUGCAAAUACAAAAAUAUUAUAUUAAUAAAUGAUUAAGUAAUAAUCAUUGAGGAUCAGUUGUAGAGACCUUAAAAGUGAAUCUGUAGGCUGUGAAAUCAGUUCAGUGUUGAGGUGAGUGAAGUAUAAUACUCUGGUUCAGGAGCCUGAUGCUUAAAGGAUAAUAACUGUUGCUGAAUGUGGUUGUGUGGGACCUAAGGCCCCUGUACCUCUUCCCUGGUGACAGCAGCUGAUGGUCCAUGCCAAGGGGCUUGUUUCCUUGACUCUAUCUAUUACUCUUUGUGCUGUUUUGCUGUGACGCCACAUUCUUGAUGUUAACUUCAGUAAUAAAAUACUGGACAUGGCAUCAGUUGAGGUUACAUUCUGAUGGAAAAGCAGUUUCUAGUAGGAAUGAAAUUCUUCAUGGAGACCAUGUGGUCUGCUUACCAGGAAAUCUAGGUCGAGAGAGAGCAAGCAGCCAUGAAUGAAAAUGAGAAGUUGGUGUGGUUAAGUAUAAUAUUUCAUAAGAACUUAAUUGAUUUCUUGAGGAAAUAGAACAAUUGCUGUCCUUCCAAUUGACAGCCUUAUUCAACGUCCAAACUCAAAUCUAAAACUUUGACAAGGACUCACAUAAUUUGGUUCAUAGAACAUGGAAUACAUCGGCACAGUACAGGCCCGUCAGUCCUCAAUGUUGAGCUGACCUUUUAACCUUCUCUAAGGUCAAUCCACCCUUCCCUCCAUUUUUCUAUCCAUGUGCCUAUCUAAGAGUUUCUUAAAUGUUUCUAAUGUAUCUAAUGCUUCUGUAUAUGAAAUAUGAUGAGCUCUUCUGUUUUCCUGUUUGUAUCUGAUUAUUUUUUCUGUUUUUGGUUUUAACUUGUUUCAUUUUUUAGGUUGAAAACAUAGAACAGGCUGUUGAGCCCACAAUUUUGUUCCAAUAUUAUAACCUACUCUAAAAUCUAACCCUUCCCUCCUAGGAAGCCCUCCAUUUUCUUAUCAUCCAUGUGCCUAUCAAAGAAUCUCUUAUCCCUCUUAUGUAUCUGCCUUUACCACCAUUCCUGGCAGGGUAUGCCACACACUCACCACUAUCAGCUCUGACAUUCCCCCACCCCCAUACUUCUCCCCCCCCAAACAGUUUAAAAUUAUGCCCCCUCAUAUUAGCCUUGGUCAUUUCUGCCCUGGAAAAAGUCUCUGGCUGUCCAUUCAAUCAAUGCCUAUCAUCUUGUACACCUGUAUCAUCUCACCUCUCUCCAAAGAGAAGAAGCCCUAACUCGCUCAACCUCUCCUCAUAAAACAUACUCUCUAAUCUAGGCUGCAUACUCGUUAAUCUCGGCACCAUCUCUAAAGUUUCUCCAUGCCCUUCCUAUGAUGAGGUAACCAGAACUGAACACAAUAUUCCAAGUGUGGUCUAAGCAGGGUUUUAUAGAGCUGCAACAUUACCUCACAGCUCUUGGACUCAGUUCCCCAAAUAAUGAAGGCCAACACAUCCUAUGCCUUUCUUAACCACCCUAUAAAUGGACAUGGCAACAUUGAGGGAUCUACAGACAUGGACCCCUAUCUCUCUUUUCUUCCACACUGCUAAGAAUCCUGUGUUCUACCUUCCCCUUCUUCUUCUUUUGUGCCAAUGGUGGCUCGCACCUAUCAGAAAGGCGUGUUACUGCUGCCUGCUGUAAUGGAGUAUAGCAGGAGCCACAGUGGGAAUCAGAUCCUGCCUCCCACACUUGUUUUAACUAAAAAGCUCAUCAAGGCCCUACACAUUUAACUGUCCCUGUCUCAGGUGCCUGAAUAUCCUGCAACCUAGGUGUUCCAGAUAAAAAUUGCUUCAACCAUUACAAUGAAUAUCUGUGGCACACAUGAUCACAUAUUCCACCAUCUAAAGAACCUUACAGAAAUCACAUCACUCAUUCCCAUGCUUACCAACAAGUGCCAAAGUGGAGUACAGACCCAUGUGUUCAAACCUCAGUCUCACCAACCACACAUCAUCCCUCCUAUUGCUUCGCAAAAGGCCCCUGCGCUGGACUGAUGGAAACAAAUUUUAAUCCCACCUCCCUGCCCCUCUCCUAACUUGACCUUCAAUUCAGCCUUCCAAAGUUAAUUACAUUCAAAGAUUUUGUGGUGAUUAUAUUCACAGCUGUCCUUGACAUCACAAAGAGUUUAUUAAUUGGGGUUGAUUCUCUCUGCUGGUAGAAACUAGACUGUUCUUUUGAUUGUCAGACUUUUAUUGCACAAUAUCAUGAGGGCUGUUAAUUUAGAAAGAAUAUGAGUUCUCUAACCCCUUUAGGAAAUGCCAUUUAGCUGGCUCUACCCCCAAUGAGAAGAGUAUGUGUCACUCACUCACCACCCUGUGGUACCUGAAAAUUGCAUCUGAGCCUCCCAAUUAGCAUAGGAUUGAAAUCUAACUGUGCUAAUUAGACAGCUGCCUCAUUCUGGGACAGGAGGAAUGACCUUAAAGAAAUGUGGCCCAUUGAAAACUCAAGGAAGGUGUGAUUCAGAAAGUCAGUAAGUGAUAAAUGUCCUUUCUGUUGAAAAAAAUAGUUAUGUUUAUUACCAGAUUUAUAAUCAGAGAAGUUAUAGGGACAAAAAGCACCUGCUGUCUAAUGUUGAAAAUAUAGGUAAUACUAAAGUGCCAUGUUUGUGGUGAAUGAGAAAUGAAGAAUUGCCUCCUGUGGCUUUGCUUUGUCAAGGUUGUUGUAGAAUUAAUUCAUUUAUAAUACAUGGUUGUGCCUUGAGCUGCCAGAAUCCUAAGCUUUAAUAUCAAUUCCCUAAACCUUUCCACCCCUCUAUAUGACAAUUUGCCUACCUCUUCAGAUAAGCUUUUGAUUACCUGCCCUAAUGUUAGUAUCACUUUUUUUUUAAUAACACUCCUGUGAACUGCCUUCUAUUAUUAAAGGUGCUAUAUACAUGAAAGUAUAUUUAAAAAUGCAUACUAAGUUUUGAUAUCUGGCUUUGGUAAGUGUUAAGUUUUUUUUUCCCAGAAAGGAUAAGAUUUGAUCUAGGGACAUUGUUUCUAGGAUGUGGAAAGGCUUUUUAAGUUGGAUGAAAUUUGUCUUGGACAGGAGUCGGAAUUGAGAAUGCUUGUGUGUUUAAAAUGGUGAUUUCUAGCCUUUUUUAUGCCAUGGACCCUACCUUUACCUGAGGGGUCCAUAGGCCUCAGGUUAGGAACUCUAGGUUAGGUUUAAAAGUUCAUAACGGAGUGAUUUUUGGUCUAUCCUUUGUUAUUUUAAUCAUGUGUAUAGUGAGCUAAUUUGCAUGCUCUAAAGGUCCCGGAGCUUCAGUCUGCAAUUCAAUUAUGUUCUUGAUGCAGUUUCUAUUUACGCUACUGUUUGUGAUCAAUAUGCUUUCCUACUAUGCCGUUGUUAGGCAGUGCAUGUGUUUUUUUAGUUGCAAAAUAUCAUAUACUCUAAACUUCUUUCAGUGAGAUGUUGAAAAUGCUUUGCUUAAGGUCUGCCUGGGAAGUAUUACGUGACUUUACAAAGAUACAUAUCUGUUAAUGCUAAGGUAAAUUUGUUGAAGAACUCAGGAUAGCUAUCUGAAAACAAAACUGCAGGGCAGAAAAAAAAAUGAUGAGUUAUAUAUUUGUGUUACAGCAUUUCUAAUAUAUCAUAUUUCUAUAGCAACAUAGAAAACACAAUAUAAUUGCCUUUAAGUUAGUGAAUAGAGCUGUUACCCACUUUAUUAAUCAAACAACCCAAGGUUUCUAACUAACCAAUGACUCACUUCAGUUAUCUAAAGAACAGAAAGCCAUAUGUAUGAAUCUGUUCAAAAAGAUUUAAAUUAACAGUUGCUUUGAGACUUGGACAGAGAAAGUUAUAAAUUAUAUUAAGGAAUAUAAUGGGGUGUAAGCUACAAAGAAUUGGGUUGAAUUUAUUAUUUGUACAGCAGGUGAUCAUAGAAGCUCUGUGGUUUCAGUAAGUGCCGUAAUUCCUUAGCUCUGUCAGUUUCUGUGAAGUAUACAUAUUAGCUUUCUUAACCUGUUUGAGCAUUGCAUAUGGAUAAGUGAGAGCUUAUUUUCCUAAGCAACGACUGGAACAUAUGCAAUUAAUUCUAAUUUAGAUUUGUUCUUUUAAUGUCUUUGAAACCAUAUUAGUUAUUUUGAGCUGGAGUAAAAGACCUAACAAUGACACCGAUGUUUCCGAAUGAUUCUUUAAGGAUUCUUGUAUCAUUAAUUGAAUGAAAUGUACAGAAUGUGAUUGAAUGCAUGUAUUUAGCCAUAGAUACUAAUCCCUGCAGGGAUCUUCAGAUCAAUAUAGAGUCAAUGCUAUCUUAUAUUCUUUGACAGUUAAGUAUCUCACCUCAAACAUAUCACCCUUUGUCAAAUAUUAAGUUUUCAGUUGUACAUUGAGCAUGCAAAUCAUUCAAAUACAGCUCACCAUUAGCAAGCAAUUUCUACGUUGAUCCUUGUGAACCAAUGACAAGGUGAAAGUUUAUUGCUGAGUCUGUUUAAAAUGGUGUCAAGGUUUGCUGCAUAGGAUGUGCCCACGGGGAAGGAUGCUGGCUCUGUUAUUUUCCUGCUCCAAGAUACUGCAGCGUUUUGUCAAUCUGUGUAAUUUGUAAUUUAACCCUCGGAGACCUGGGUACUUCACUGCAGCUUGUGAAAAACUACAGAAAUCCAGUGUCAUAGAGGGGAAGGGAUUGUAAAUUCAUUUUUUUAAGAAUAUGUGCAUCAAAAAAUUGUUUUACUAUCAGUAAAUUUUGAUUAUGCUCAUGGAUGCAGUGAAGCUUUCAGGACUUGGUGGGCUUUGCGUGAAUAGAAUUUACAAUGUGCUUCUAUGUUUGAAUGCCAUCCUUGCGUCUAUUUGCACUGUACUGCAUUAGUACUAUUAAAGUGUCCUCUAGGAAAUUACUAAAGUACAUUAUCAAAUGAAGCAAUUGAUUUAAUAUAAUGUAAAUUGUAGCAUAACAUGGAAAGUUCGGUAAUAAACCAGAAAGUCAAUAUUUGAAUGGACAUAUGUCAAGUAGAAAAUUAACCCUUUUUUUGCAUUUGUGACAGGAGCACUCCAAUGCUAAU